AUGGACUCCGGGCCUGUUGGUGUCGGUGCUGCCGCGCUUGCCUACUUCGGUCUUGAGAAGGAUUAUCGCAAUUUCAACCACGGCGCGUAUGGCACUUAUCCUAUUGAGGUCCGGGAUGUUUUGUUCAGGACUCUGCUCGACGCCGAGUCCCGUCCAUGUCACUUUGUCAACCACCAGCAACCUAAAGCACUGCAACAUCAGAGAUCAAUUAUCGCGAAAUAUAUUAAUGCGCCUACGGAGUCUUGUGUCUUUGUACAGAAUGCAACGAUGGCAUUCAACAUUGUCUUGCGCAACUUGACCUUUCGACAGGGAGAUUGCAUUCUAUAUUUCCCUACGACAUUUGAGGCAUGCAAGAACACUAUCAAACAUGUCGUUGAAACCUCUGUGGCAACAGCAGUCAUGGUUGAGUCUUCUCUCAGACCUGAUGAUAUAUGCAAAGCGUUGAAGCAGACUAUAACGAAUCUCAAAAGCUCAGGCCGCAAUCCCAGGAUCUGUAUCGUUGACACGUUAUCGUCCUUCCCCGGAAUCAGGAUGCCUUUCGAAAAGCUUGUCCCAAUAUGUAAAGAUCAUGGUGUACUAUCUUACGUGGACGGAGCUCAUGGUAUCGGCCACAUCCCACUGGAUACGAAUGAGUUAAACCCCGACUUUCUGGCUUCAAACUGUCAUAAGUGGUUGUACGUACCUCGGAAAUGCGCUGUGUUGUAUGUUGCAGAACGCAAUCAUGCGCUGGUCAGAUCAGGUUUACCCACUGGUUCAGUCCUCGACGCCGAGAAUUGCGAAAGCCCCUCUCCUCUGGCAGCAAAAUUUGGCGGCCUGAGUAAUCUUGAUGGCAACAGUUGUUUGUGCGUGAGCGCAGCCAUCGAUUUUAGGAAAAGAGUAGUCUGGCAGGACCUGCGGGGUGAAGAAGCAAUCUAUGCAUACCUGCAACAACUAGCCGUUAAAGGUUCAAACAUCAUAUCUGAGGCUUUGGGUGGCACAGAUGUCUUCGAGGAGACUUAUGGCAUACCAAACCACUGCGGUUUUGCCAAUGUCAGAUUACCUCUAGACUACGAGCAAAUCACCAAAGGAGAUAUGGCACGUGCCAAAGAAUGCGCACAAUGGAUGAUGAGCACACUCAUCGACAAAUACAACACCUCGUUGUUGAUCGCAGUGUAUGAUGGAUCAUGGUGGGCACGGAUAAGCGCACAGAUCUAUCUUGAUCUGAACGACUUUAUCUGGUUAGGAGGCACGUUGAAGAUGUUGUGUGAUGAGGUGCGAGAGAGGGACUGGCAAAGAAUUUAG